CCCUUUCCUCGCUGACAGACCCUCGGAGGCAGCGAAGCCCACUCCUUCUGGGCAGCCUUUUCGGGGCUAGCCCGCCUCCUUCCUCCUCCUCCUCCCACCAGUCCGGCUCUUCCUCCCUAAGCGAGGAAGAGGCUGCGGGAGGGAAAGGGAAGGGGAGCGGACCGGCUCUUCGGCGACGGCUGGGCUUUGCCGGCUUCUCCUCCUCGCGGACCCCUCCCGCCCUCCCUCGCUCCCGCUGGAGAUGAAGAGCGCCUGCCCGCGGCUCUCCCUCUGGCUCCUUCUCGCCGCCGCCGAAGCAGUGAGUGGUUAUUCUAUGACCCCACCAACUCUUAGCAUCACAGAAGAGGAAUACGUGAUCAACGCUAAGGAUACCCUGAAUAUUACCUGCAGAGGGCAGCAUCCCUUGGAGUGGUCGUGGCCUGGGGGCCGAGAGGACUCCAUUCAGAUUGGAAAGGAAAGUGAUUCUGUGGUGUUGGUGAGUCUUGAUGGUAUCCGAACAGUCAAGGAAGAAGAUUGUGAGGGUACUGAAACCAAGCCUUACUGCAAGGUGUUGACAGUGAUGGGGACUCAGGCUAAUGACACAGGCUACUACCGCUGUUACUACAAGUACAUCAAUGCCAAAAUUGAGGACACUACUGCAGUCAGCACCUAUGUAUUUGUGAGAGAUUUUGAACAGCCAUUUAUCAAUAAACCAGGAACUCUUCUUAUCUACAAAAAAGAGGUGAUCUGUAUCCCAUGUCUGGUAUCCGUUCCAGACCUGAACAUCACUUUACUUUUGACAACCUCUGUCAUCUUCCCAGAUGGGAAGAGCAUUCUCUGGGACAACAAAAAGGGAAUGUUAGUUCCUACCAAACUGAUCAGGGACUCAUGGUUUGUUCAAUGUGAAACUCUCAUCGAUAAGAAGUCCUUCAAAUCUAGUUUGUUCCUUGUCCACAUUGCAGGAAAUGAACUUUAUGACAUUCAGUUGUUUCCAAGGAAAGCCAUGGAGCUACUAGUAGGAGAAAAACUAGUUCUCAACUGCACAGUAUGGGCUGAGUUUAAUUCAGGAGUGGAUUUCCAGUGGGACUAUCCUGCAAAACAGAUGAACCGGAAAGUAAUUGAACUGCCUGAGAGGCGUUCCCAGCAGACACAUACAGAACUCUCUAGCAUCCUGAUCAUCCAAAACGUGAGCCAACAAGACCUGGGAAAAUAUACAUGCAAGGCUAGCAAUGGGCAGCAGAACCUGAAGGAGAGCAUAGACGUCAUCGUACAUGAGAAGCCCUUCAUCAACGUUGAGUGGAGGAAGGGACCAGUAAUAGAAGCAACAGCAGGAGACGAUAUUGUGAAGCUGCCAGUGAAAGUGGUUGCCUAUCCCCAGCCGGACUUCCAGUGGUUCAAGGAUGGAAAACUAAUUUCCAACAAACAAUCUCAAUAUUCACUGCAAAUCAAAGAUGUGUCAGAGCAGAACUCGGGUUCUUACACAUUGGUUUUGAGGAAUGGGCUGGCUGGAUUGGAAAAGAGCAUUGGUCUUCAGCUGGUUGUCAAUGUUCCUCCACAAAUCCAUGAAAAGGAAGCUUCUUCACCUAACAUUUAUUCUCGUGAAAGCCGACACGUGCUCACCUGCACAGUCUACGGCAUCCCAGCACCAGAGAAGAUCCAGUGGCAGUGGAGGCCAUGGACACCCUGCCGUAUGUUCUCCCCACGGAGUCUCAGCAGACGGAGGGCUGUCCGACGCCACCAGCGGGACCGGAUGCCCGAGUGUAAGGACUGGAAGGACGUGUCACAGCUGGAUGCUGUGAACCCCAUUGAAAGUAUUGACACCUGGACAGAGUUUGUGGAAGGAAAGAACAAGACGGUCAGCAACUUGAUCAUCCAAGAAGCCAAUGUUUCUGUCAUGUACAAGUGUGUAGUAUCCAACAAAGUUGGUCGUGAUGAACGACUCAUCUAUUUCUAUGUGACUACCAUCCCAGAUGGAUUUGAAAUUGAGUCACAGCCUUCAGAGGAGCUCAUUGAGGGACAAGACUUGAGGCUAAGUUGCAAUGCGGAUAACUAUACCUAUGACAAUCUUCAGUGGUACCGGCUCAACCUCUCCACGCUCCAUGAUGAGGAGGGCAAUCCAAUGGUUUUGGAUUGCAAGAAUGUCCACCAUUAUGCAACUAAGAUGCAAGGAGAACUGCGCUUUAAACCCAGCUCCAAUUACGCUGCAUUGACACUCACCAUCCCAAGUAUCUCUCUUGAGGAUGAAGGAGAUUAUGUGUGUGAAGUGCAAAACAGAGAGAACAGUGAGAAACACUGUCACAAAAGAUACAUCUCAGUGCAUGCUCUGGAAAUUCCCAGGUUGAAGCAGAACCUGUCAAACAUCUUGGUGAACAUCAGUGAUUCCAUCGAGAUGCGCUGCAAAGUGGAUGGCACACACAUCCCAAAUAUCAACUGGUAUAAGGAUGAGAAGCUGGUAGAAGAGGUCUCAGGGAUUGACCUGGCAGAUUCCAAUCAGAGGCUGAGUAUCCAGAGGGUGAGAGAAGAGGACGCUGGGCUUUACCUGUGUAGUGUCUGCAAUGCCAAGGGUUGUGUGAAUUCCUCCGCCAGUGUUUCUGUAGAAGGUUCAGAUGACAGGACCAAUGUGGAGAUUGUGAUCUUGAUUGGGACAGGUGUCAUUGCCAUCUUCUUCUGGAUUCUCUUGAUCCUCAUCUUCUGUAACAUUAAGAGACCUGCUCAUGCUGAUAUCAAGACUGGCUAUCUUUCCAUUAUCAUGGACCCAGGUGAAGUUCCUUUGGAAGAGCAAUGUGAAUACCUGCCCUAUGACUCCAGCAAAUGGGAAUUUCCACGAGAGCGACUUCGACUAGGCAAAGUCCUGGGCCAUGGGGCUUUUGGGAAAGUGAUGGAAGCCUCUGCUUUUGGAAUUAAUAAGAGCAACAGUUGUGAGACAGUGGCAGUUAAAAUGCUCAAAGAGGGGGCAACUGCAAGUGAGCACAAGGCACUCAUGUCAGAACUGAAGAUCCUCAUCCAUAUUGGAAACCAUCUGAAUGUAGUGAACCUGUUAGGUGCCUGCACCAAACCUAAUGGUCCACUCAUGGUUAUUGUUGAAUUUUGUAAAUAUGGAAACCUUUCCAACUAUCUGAGGACCAAAAGGGAAGGAUUUAGUCCUUACAGGGAAAAGUCUCCAAGAUUGCGUAUCCAGGUUCGUUCCAUUGUGGAAGCAGUAAGAGCAGAUAGGCGGAGUCGAUCUGGUACCAGUGACAGCACAAUCCUUAACAGACUCCUAAUGAACAAGAACCAAGCAUCAGUACCACCGCCACCACCUCUCAUGCAAGAAGUGGAUGAUUUGUGGCAGAGCCCUCUGACAAUGGAAGAUCUGAUCUGCUAUAGCUUCCAGGUGGCCCGUGGUAUGGAGUUUCUUGCUUCCAGAAAGUGCAUCCACAGAGAUUUGGCAGCUCGCAACAUCUUGCUAUCAGAAAACAAUGUGGUGAAGAUCUGUGACUUUGGUCUCGCCCGGGAUAUUUACAAGGACCCUGACUAUGUCAGGAAGGGCAGUGCCCGUCUUCCCCUAAAGUGGAUGGCUCCUGAAAGCAUCUUUGAUAAAGUCUACACCACCCAAAGUGACGUCUGGUCAUUUGGAGUCCUCCUGUGGGAGAUCUUCUCUUUAGGUGCCUCCCCAUAUCCUGGAGUGCAAAUCAAUGAGGACUUCUGCCAAAGACUGAAAGAUGGCACUAGGAUGAGAGCUCCAGAAUAUGCCACUGCAGAAAUUUACCGUAUAAUGCUGAGCUGUUGGUAUGGUGACCCUAAGGAGAGGCCAACAUUUUCUGACUUGGUGGAGAUCCUGGGGGACCUUCUUCAGGAAAAUGUCCACCAUGAGGGGAAGGAUUAUAUCCCGCUGAAUGACUCUCAGAGCUCUGAAGAUGAUGGCUUCUCGCAGGUGGCUUCCUCUAUCCAGCAGAACUCUGAUGAAGAGGAAUUUGACACGAAGAUACACUGUCACAAUAUAGCAGCAAGAUACUAUAACUGUGUAUCUUUUCCCGGCUGUUUGACUGGUGGGAAUCAGAUAAGGUGUCCAUCUAGAAUAAAGACAUUUGAAGAAUUUCCUAUGACACAAACUAUGUAUAAAGUACAUCCAGAUAAUCAGACAGACAGCGGAAUGGUUUUGGCAUCUGAGGAGUUUGAGAGAAUAGAAAAUAGACACAGAAAAGAAGGUGCUUCCAGCAGUAAAGGAUUCAUUCGAAAUGCCAACUCAGUAGUAGAUUCGUCUGACCAGAGGGGCAGGUGUCGGCCACUGCAUCAGGCCCAACUCCGAGGCCAGACUUUUUACAACAGUGAAUAUGGGGAACUGUCAGAACAGUCAGAGGAAGGCAGCUGCACUCCACCUGAAGAGGGUCCCAGUCCCUCCUUCCUUCACGCUUCAUUUUUUUCAGACCAAUACUAAGAGGAAUGGAUUGUGGAGACACCAUUGCAAGCAAUGUACCCUUCUCCCCUUUACAUCUCUUCACUGAAAGCCCCCAUUUCUUUGUCCCAGAAGAAUCCGGCAUAGGAAUCCCACAUGGAACAGUUGGAAAAUGCCUUGGAAAUGAAGGUGACAAGUUUUCCAGCAUGAAUAAGAGUUCUUGCAUUUGGCACGAACAUAAUCAUUGAUUGGAUGCUAUGUGUUGUUCUUUUUUAUUAGUUCUUGGGUGCAGUUCUGUGGAUGAAACUGAACUGUUCUGUCACCAGAUGGGUUGCCUGUGUUAACUGCUGCAGCCACUAUUCAGUAUUCAGCCUCCAUUCAAAUACUUUGCCAUAAUAAGCUUUAUUGGGUCAGAUAAAAAUAGAUGUGUCUUAGCUCGGUUUCUUCCUGGUAUGCCGAUUUGUUUGUUUCUGCUCUCGUUUCAGCUCAACCAGCAGAGAAGGGGGAUACAAAGAACAAAAUAUAUGAAUGUGGGCAUUUGAGUUGCAUUUUUUUGCAGUGGAAUAACAUAUAGACAUUCCCAGUAGAUGGAUCAGUACACAGCUCUAUGUUGUUGCUAUGUGUCUUCCAGUUGUUUCAAUCUUAUCACAACCCUAGGGUGAACUUGUUACAGAGCUUUCUUUGGAAAAUUUGUCCAGAAGGAAUUUGCCAUUGCCUUCUUCUGUGGCAGAGAGUAGGAUUUGAACCAGAACCCUAGUCCAAAAACCAUUACAGCACAUGGUCCUUACACAACUAUAUAUUGCAUACUUCUUAUAUGGUCGGUCAUGUUUCAUGUGUGUUGGAAAACAAGAUAAUCCCAAUCUUUUAUAGCUAUCACUGUGCUGCUACAUUUGUAUUGGUAUCAUUGGCUUUUCCAAUACAAAAAGAAACCAUUUCAUUUGUGUCUGUUAAUGGAAUCCAGCAUUAAUGGGUUCCAGUAGUGAAUAAAUUUUCUUCACUCUCUUCUAAGAGGUAGAAAGGCACAUAAGUACUAAGAGACCAAUCUGAAUAUGAAGAAUACCAAAUUCAGAACCUAUGGAUGUGCCCAGGGAAAUAUUUUUCCCAAUUUUUUAAAUUAAAAAGUGUGGUCUGCAUAUGUCUCAUGGAACCUGUCAGUUACAUCUCAUGCUUUAUGCAGAAAUGUGUCAGAGGCAUAACUGACAUUUUGCCUGAAUGGCAUGCCUCCAAUACAGGUUGCCAAUCUAUUUUCACUGAGUUUAGUGCCAAUCACUUAUAGCAGAAAUCAGAAAUUAUUGUCUGCUAUGAAGCCACUGCAAAGUAUGGAACUUUUUUCUUUCAGCACUGAAUUUACCAGCAUUAUAGUAAGCUGGAAAACAUAUUUUCCCCUUUGGUAUACGGUAUAUGAAUAUACUUCUCCUUAUAACAACAGAGAAGUUGACAUGUUUAGGUCCCAAUAUUUCUUCUUCUUUUAAGCCCUACAUUCUUGUUCUUUUUAAGGUAUCGUCUAGCAGCUCUUUGGUACAUAGUUUCCAAGAUCGUGUACCAGUUGAGAGGGAAGGCAGACAAACUCUGACACUAGCUUAAUAUAUCAUCAGGUGUCAGGCCAUCAUGUCCUGUUUUUGACAAGAAAUCCAAAAUUUUGUAGUCAGAUUAAAUAUUCUGAAAAGAAUUCAUGCAGAUGUAUCUAAUUUGCGUUAUUUAUUUUGAUUCUGGAAUUUUGAGGUCUUUGUGAACAAAUGCACCCACUUGCCCUCUGCUACAGGCACUGUCCUUGCUCCAGUCAAUCUUUUUUGUUUUUACGGUAGUUGCAUCAGCAGAUGGUUGUGGUUGGGUUUUUUCCAUAUGUGGGAAAUAAAUAUGGAGAAAGCCAAUCCUAACUUCCCUUCGGCAAUGUUCCUGACAUACCCUACCAGACUUCCCCCUUGCGCUCUACCUGAAGGAUAUUGCCACCGAAAACCUGACAAGACCGUCUGUGAAAGGUUUAUGAAAUGAAUUUUGAUCCACUUCAGAAUUUUCUGGUGGUGUCAAGACGCUCCCAUUUUUUAAAGUGUCUCCAUGUCAAAAAAUUUCUGCUUGCAGGCCAGGCUUCUGUUUAUUGAACUUAUUGUGGUGGUUUGGCUUAUUUUAUUUUUUCUUAUUGGGCAUAUUUUUCCAGAUUAUAUAUUUUUUUCUCCAUAAGAAGUCUUUAUGCAUUUAAAUAUUUGUAACUGUUGUUGUCCAUGACUUUUCUACAUUGCUUUGUACCUUGUGCAAAUACACUCAAUGUUUUGUCCCUUUUUUAUUACAUUUUUUAAUCUAUACAA